AUGGGUUUCUGGGAUUGGCUUCGCGGCGGCUCAACCUACCAAGCAACACCCGCCGAUACGACUUAUAACGUCGUCGACCGGGUCACUUCGGAUAUUUUGAACCAGUCCGUAGACCAAUUGUGGCGCCGCCAGCCAUACCUGCGAACCGUCGUUUCUUUCAUCGCGCGGAAUAUCGCACAAAUCGGUAUGCACGUACUCGAACGUGAAGCGGACGGCGGCCGGCGUCGGGUACGUGACGGCGCCGCGGCGAAGCUGCUACAACAGCCAUCGCCGGAAUCCACCUGGUACGAGCUCGUGUACGACCUAGUGUCAACGCUGGCACUGUAUGACGACGCGGUGCUGUGGCUCCGGUCGAAUUCGGAGACCGAACGGUUCGAACUUCGCCUUAUCCGACCGAAUUGGAUCGUAGGGUGGGAAUCCCCGACGGCGUUUAGUCGCGGCGCGUGCACGGUCGCGAUACCGGGAACGAAAAAGAUCCAAAAGCUCCCCGCCGACUCGCUGAUCACCUUCCACGGCUGGGACCCAACCGACGCGCGCGCCGGGUCCUCCCCGGUGGAAGCGCUUCGCACGAUUAUCGCGGAACAGUGGGAAGCGAACCAGUUCCGCCUGCAAAUGUGGAAGAAGGGCGGCCGUGUUGGUUCGUAUCUGACACGACCGGCUGGCACCGACUGGAAACCGGAAACCCGUAAACGGUUUAUCGAAGAAUUCCGUUCGCAAUACACCGGACCGCAGGGCGGCGGCGUGCCGCUGCUCGAAGAUGGUAUGGAAAUGAAACGCGUCGGGUUCGCGGCGAAAGAAGAAGAGUUCGUCGACUCGGCAAAACUCGCACUUACCACGGUCGCGUCGGUUUACCACAUCAACCCGACAAUGCUCGGCCUACUGGAUAACGCGAACUAUUCGAACGUUCGCGAAUUCCGGCGAAUGCUUUACGGCGACUCGCUCGGCCCCAUCAUUCGGCAAAUCGAGGACCGUUUAAAUGCGUUCCUCAUGCCGAAGCUCGGCGCCCCCGAAGGUCAAUACAUCGAAUUUAACCUUCACGAAAAGCUUCGCGGUUCCUUCGAAGAACAAGCCGCGGUUUACCAAGCCGGUGUUGGUGGUCCGUGGAUGACGGUUAACGAAGCGCGUUCACGCGAAAACAUGCCGACUAUCGAAGGCGGCGACGACCUGAUCCGACCUUUGAACGUGGGAACGGCGACCGACUCCGACACGGACGAACCCGACGAACCGGCGGAACCGGCCGAACCCGAAGAAGAAGCCGGAGGAAAAUCGACCGACGGGCUAAUCCUGCCAGGGGGUGAAACAUGA